AUGCCUCUGAAUAAUAUUCUGGAAGUUGAACUCUUUGAUGUAUGGGGAAUUGACUUCAUGGGCCCGUUUCCAAAGUCUCUCAAUCAAGAGUACAUUCUGGUUGCUGUGGACUAUGUCUCGAAAUGGGUUGAAGCUACUGCAUGUGUAUCCAGUGAUGCUAAAACGGUGAUCAAAUUCUUAAAGAAAAACAUCUUCACUAGAUUUGGAGCACCUCGGGCUAUUAUUAGUGAUGGCGGUUCUCACUUUUGCAAUCAUCAAUUUCAAGCUCUGAUGAAGAAAUAUGGUGUAAAGCACAGGGUAACUUUGGCUUAUCAUCCUCAGUCAAAUGGCCAAGCAGAAAUAUCCAACCGAGAGAUCAAAAGCAUCUUGAGAAGUGCAAGGCUCUAUAAGGAACGGACCAAGAAGUAUCAUGAUCAGAAAAUUAUCCCCAAGGUCUUUGAAGCGGGACAAAAGGUGUUACUUCAUAAUUCCAAAUUGAGAUUAUUUCCGGGCAAACUCAAAUCACGUUGGUCAGGGCCAUUCACUGUGGUACAAGCUGCUAACCAUGGUGCGGUGGAGCUGGAAAAUGAAAAAGGUGAAAGAUUUCAUGCAAAUGGCCAUCGUUUGAAGCAUUAUUGGGGUGGAAAGGUGGAUCGUCAAGUUUCUACAAUCUACUUUGCUGAACAAUCAUAA